GUGAGCUUUUAAUCAAUAUUAAACAUUUUUUUCUCAAAGUCAAUUUUUGGUCAGUCGUUGUUCAUAUUUUAAAGAAGUAUCUCUGCGUGCAUCUUUGGUUUGGUCUAAUAAUAAAAAACAAAAAGAUAAAUUUAAUAUUGAUAGGAGAAAUAAACAAAAAUAAAGCACAACAAUGUCCCUUCUAACUGGCAGUGCUAAUUGCAUUAAGUACACACUCUUCGGAUUCAAUUUAGUCUUUGUGCUGACUGGUAUAAUUUUGAUAGCUGUUGGUAUUGGCGUUGCAGCCGUUUUCAAUGACUACGAAAUAUUUUUAGUUUCGAAUUUCUUUUCGAUUCCGACAUUUUUAAUUGUUAUUGGAAUUUUAAUAUUUAUCAUUUCAUUCGUGGGAUGUUGGGGUGCUCUUAAAGAAAACUACUGCUUCAUAUUGAUCUUUUCCGUUUUAUUGGGAAUCAUUUUCAUAUUGGAAAUAUCAGCUGGUAUCAGUGGUUAUGUUUUGAAGGGAGACGCAGAGAAACUUAUUGAGAAAAAACUCAAAGAAACCAUUUUGAAUUAUGAUAAAGAUGGUUAUGCUGGAACAACAUAUUUAUGGGAUUCAAUCCAAAGACAAUACUUAUGCUGUGGAGUUGAUGACUAUAAUGAUUGGAAACCAGUGCUAAAUACAACACUGCCUCUAAGUUGUUGCAAUCUUCCCGAUGGUACUCAUGGACCAUUCUCUUGUACAUAUGACGUCGAAGACAAAAAUCGUCAUUUAUUCGGCUGUCUGACAGGCUUUUCAGACUACAUUAGUUCACAUGCUGUUAGUCUAGGAGCUGCUGGUGUCAUAAUUGGUGUUAUUCAGUUCUUUGGAGUUCUAUUUGCUUGUUAUAUUGCACGUGAAGUUAAAAUAAGAAAUGGAAUAACUGGUUGGUAUUAAAAACAAUAAAUAUGUACUAUUAAUUUUAUAAGAUUUUUUUGUUGAAUUAACUAUAGUUUUCCUUUUUUUUGUAUAUGUGAUUUUGUUAGUGCCAAUAUUUAAAAUUAAAAAAAUAAACAUAAAUGACAAAAUAAUUGUUUUUAAGGCUAAAUAAAGAGGUUUAAAACUUAGAA